CAGUUCGAGGGAAUACAAAAAAAAAAGAGAGGGUUUUGUAUCGUGGUGGUGGAGGAAGAAUAGAGAGAGAGAGAUGGAGGAGGAGUUGCUCGCCGGCGUGCCUUGCUCUUCCCGCGCCGUCGAGUCAGUUAUCCGCGUUUCCACGGCAGGUGGAUUAUAUGGGUUUUGCGCCGGACCUUAUAACGCUCGUAAACUUGGUUUAAGCGGCGUUUCUCAGGCUUCCUAUGUGGCCAAAUCGAUUGGCAGAAUCGGGUUUCAAUGCGGUAUAGUGAGUGGUAUCUUUACUAUGACCAACUGUGGGCUUCAAAGAUAUCGAGGGAAGAGUGAUUGGUUGAAUGCUUUGAUGGGAGGAGCUGUGGCUGGAGCAGCUGUUGCUAUUCGGACUAGAAACUGGUCUCACGUUGUUACCACCGCUGGUCUCGUCUCUAUUUUCAGUGUUUUGGCUAAUUCCACCAGAACUGAUGAUCUACUCAAACAACAACAACAACGACAACACUAAGCAUUGUUGGUUGCAGGUUUCAGAUGAGAGUCCAUUCAUCAACACACUUGUGUCCUGGAACUGGGACGUGGCAAAAUCAUUACCGAACUCUCUGUUUCACAGACAUAUUUAGUUGCCUCAACCAGUUGGAUGGUCGGUCUCUAGUAGACCCAUAAUUUUAUUGGUAUUACCUCUUUGUCUGUAAUAAUAUUUGCUAAGAAAAAGAAAGUGAAACUCAAA